AUUAUUCAGCACAUUUCGACACAAACACUUUUCCCCAUUCAAAAAAGAUUGGGCAGCCCUGGUAUAGGCUACCUGUCCACCAGGUGUGCACAAGAACACUUUAAUUUAAACAUAAUAACGUUAACAUUUGGUUGUCCUCAUUGGACACAGAUCUCCGUUGAAGGCCCAGGAGAGCUCAUGCUGCUCGGACACUCCCCCAGCUUAGCUCACACACACUCUCACACACUCUCCGUGUAAGGACUGGAGUACUACUCUCCUGCCACAGGCUGUUAAAACCGGACGACUCCACUUCUAAGGUGGAGAGGUUAUUUGUGAGAGAAAACCACAGGGGGAUCCCAGUAACAGAAUACUCCACAAUCCCUCAUCAACAUGGGGGCCGUCAUCUCACGGUGGAGGGCUAAACAAUCCACUGUGGAGAUUUUGGAGGGAAUCGAUAAGGAUAUACAGACUCUUGAAGAUUACAGUGAGAAGUAUCAGAGGCAGUUGAAGAUAUGGGUCGGGCGACUGCUCCUGUACUCGUUUCUUCUCUACCUGAUCACAUGUAUAGUUGUGUAUUUCUGGUACCUGCCUGAGCAGUUGAUGGGGCGGCUCAUAUUGUCUCUGCCCUUCAUAUUAUUUCCGUUGCUUGUUUGGUUACUUCGAAAAAUGCUUAUAGUUAUUUUUUCACGGAGAACUGAAAAAAAUAAUGAAAAAUUAGAAGAUCUUAAAGCACAAAAAAGGAAAAUACUUGAAGAAGUUAUGGAAACUGAGACAUAUAAAAAUGCGAAAAUGAUUCUGGAGAGAUUUGAUCCUGAUUCAAAGAGGAAAAUUGAGCUUGAGUCCACUCCAGUUGGACCUCAGAUGACUCCAAAACCAGGACAAGAGCUCCGCCAGCGCAAUGUCAUCCCAAAGACCCCCCCAGUGGUGGUGAAUCCUGCAAGCGGGGCUGCUGCCCGCCCUCCUCUUGCCUCUGGGCCCACCUAUCCUGGACGAUCUUCCCACUCUGCUCCAGGUGGACCCCCAGAGAGGAGCCUGUCGGCUAUAGCUGCUCAGCAGAGCUUGAUGAGGAAGCCUGUGACCCCUGGAACACCUGUUCCAGGAGUCGGGAUGCACCCCCCAGGCCCACCCUUAGCCAGACCUGUGGUCCCAAGGGAAAGAGGCGCCAUGGACAGAGUCAUUGAGUAUCUUGUUGGAGAUGGCCCCCAAAACAGAUACGCUCUCAUCUGUCAGCAGUGUCUGUCCCAUAACGGCAUGGCAUUAAAAGAGGAAUUUGAAUACGUUGCCUUCCGAUGUGCGUAUUGUUAUUUCUUGAACCCUGCAAGAAAGACCCGGCCUCAGGCUCCCAGACUCCCCGAGGUCACUGGUGAACUGAAGAUGUCAUCUGAAGCGCCCCCACCAACGGCUGCUCCUGACGAAGAUGGCAACCAAUCAGUUUUAGGGCAAACCAAGCUGACCGAUGUCUCAGCUGAAACAGACCUCCAGGAGCCAGGCACUCCAACAAGCACGGAGCCAAGCACUGCGUCAGACGGCCAGAGCACCCCAGAGUCACAAGAUCUGCCCUCUGAGAAAUCUGACGGAGAGCAAGAUGUGUCUGCCAUGGAAGUGGAAUAAAACAGUGGAGUAGGGAUUUCAACACAAGUCAUGCUGGAACUUUAUUUUUCUUUGAAGAAAUGUGAUAAGUUAGUUUAUAAGUAAACGCCGUGAGUUGAAAUAACAGUAACAAGUCAGAUUUUCAACUCACAGUACAGUGUCCUUUCUUUUGAGAAUUGCUUUUAUAUUUCUAGCAAUAGUUAUGAAUUAAAUGUUAAGUCUAGCAUUUGGUUGCAACCGACAAACGUACCACUAGUAUGAUUACAUGUCAAGCCCAUUCUCAUAACAUCAUAGUCAAUAAUUCUGUUGUUUUUGAUGUAUAGGAAUUAUAGGAAUUCUUCUCCCAUGUGCUCUCUGUUUUCCAUAUUUUAUUUGUUUUCAACUGAAUUUCUAACAGUAUUCGGGGUUAAUUGGAAAAUGCAUAAGAAAAACAAAUAUUUUGUGGGAAAAAUGAUUUUUUAUUUAUGGGAAAUUAUUUAUAAAUAUUUUUCUAUAAUGCUGUGCCUUUUGUGACAGUGUUGACUGGGGCACUCUGCAGCACGGUGGUGCUCACAACAUGUUUACACAGCCAUGGUACCGUAAUAGGAAUGCACAUACAGUAUGUAUUUAUUGCUAAAACGGAGGAAAGGAGAUUUAUGUCAGUACUGUGCAGCUGCCUUAAGUGCCUUUUAUAUUUUAAGUCUCUGCUCCAGAGUGUUGUCGAUAAAACCUAUUUACAUAUAGACAAUAAAGUCAUUUAACUGUUUACAGACUGUAUAUGUUUGCUGAAUGUAGGAAUUCCUCCUCUGUAUAAAUAAAUAAACUUUUGAGAACA